CGUGGCCGCUUGGCUCGUCAGAUCUUCUCCAAACUGUGCAUCGAGAAGAUCGAGAAGGAGAGAGAGAUCAACCGCGUGCGCGAGGAGUUCUCCAAGUUCAAGAUGGAGAAAGCUGAGCAAGACGACGAGUUCGCGCGCAUGCGAGAGGAGAACGCCAAGUUGAAGAAGCAGUUGGCGGAGCUGCUGAGGACCAGCCAGGAGCUCGGAGCACUGAUGCGCCUGCGACGCGAUCAACAAGGAGGUCGAACUCACGCAGAAGAUGACCCCGCAGCUGGAGACGACGCGCGGCAAGUACUAGAAGACCGGCAGCUCGCGUCCACGGAGCCGGACAAACUCAACUCGUCCGACAGCUCGUCCGCUUUCAUCGAGAACGAGCACUGGAAGAAGGUCUGCCAUUGA